AUGCAAGAUUCUCGCCGUGGUCUCACAAAACGGCUCUCCCAUUCUCCCUUUGCUUUGCUCUUUUGGUGGUGUGUAUGUUCAUGGACCAGAGAUAGAGUGUUGGUUGUUCAGAGCCCAACCCAUAAGGAAUGACAUACCGGUACAACUCAGAGGUGCUCCAAGUUGUUAUUUGUCGCCUUUUCACAAAGACUGGUUCGUCAAGUUCAAGAAAGAUACUGUAAAUGCACAGUUGAUCCACCCAAUCCGUUCAUGCAGUGUGCAGCAAACAGCAAACUGGAGCAUCUAUCGCUGAAAUUUACACAUCAUCAUCAGCAUCCUCCCAGUCGCAUCCGUUGUGUUCGUAGUAUUUCGUCUCGUGUUGUGCACGUAUGCAUACCAGGUGGUACUACUAGCUAGCUAGUGCCCAUCAGCGCUGUAAGAAGGCUGCUCGGCCCCUGGGAUAAGAGCUCCAGCUAAAGCCAGUUUUGAUAUUUUCACUUUUGCUUGCUUGGUUGCUCGGCCAGCCUCAACACUUGGAUUGGCGUGGGUAUAAGUUGCUGUUUGGUUUGUUAUUGCAUACCGCAGCCCAACCUCAGUCACCAUGAUUGAUCUAAUGAAUAGAAGGCUCAACAGAGGGACCAGCCAUAACAAGCCCGAUACCUUAUACAGAUCAACAUCGGUCAACAGCAUCGUCGAGAAGGACAACGAUGACCAUUCAAUGAUGGCCGAUGCGACCAUCGACACGGCAGAUUGUACAGAAGACUUGACAUCUAGUGUGGCCGACUUGCUUGAUCACAACACGAGUUUGCAUUUGCCAAACCUCUACGAAGACGAAGAAUUCGAUGGUUCCCAGGACUUUAUUCGUGGUGAGGGUUCUACCAGGUCUCUUGGCCAUGCAGAAACCAUGGUUGCCAACACCAAGGUCAUUGCACCGCGUGGCUCUAUGCAGCAGAAAUCUCGUAACAGCAUGAAUGCCAUUAACCAGCUCAAGUUUUCCAAGCUGCAGAAGCUGUAUGGGCGAGAUCAGGAGAUAAAACUGCAGCGAGACCUUUACGUCCAAGCCAAGCAGAACUCGACGCGGCAAUUCAUCUUAAUCGGGGGGGAGGCUGGAGUCGGCAAGUCAGUGCUUGCAGAGGAACUUAGGCCUUCUGUCCAGAAAGACUGCGGCUUCUUCUUGUCGGGAAAGUUCGAUUUUCAGCAGCAAGAUGAACCUUACUCUGCCAUCUCUACCGCUUGCAACACGCUGAUGCACUCUUUAAUGGAACAUAAGCACUCACGUCGCAAUUUGCAUGGAUGGAGGUUUACAUUUAAAGAGAUGCAACAGAAGCUGUGCGAAGAAAUGGAUCCUGACCAGAUUGAUCUUCUCUCAAACAUUAUUCCUGGCUUAGCUCGAGUCGCUGGAGGGGAUUUUCUUUCCAUGAGCAAUGGCAGCUUUGCGAUGGAUAGCAGCCACGGCAGCCACGAAGGCCCGUUCGCAAGUGAACGAACCACUGGAGGUACUGUGAUGCAACAACCCAUCAGCCGAAGGAGAGGCAUGGAAAACAUGAACAGCGAAUGGAGUAUCCCCGCUGCCGGAAGUCAUGACGAGGACACCGAGCGAAGUACGCCCAGUGAACGCAAUACUCCCAUGGAUGUGUACGGACAGCCCAGCAGCCCAAAAAACCCGAGAACAGGCAUGCAAAAGAUGGCGAGUGACUGGAGCAUAGGCAUGGACAGUAGCCAUGAACGCCUUGCCUUGCGGAGAUUAUCUAGCGAACGGAUCUCCACGCCGCCGAGAGGUAACAGGAGAAAUGGCUUUAUGAAAAGGAUGGCCAGCGAAUGGAGUCUGAGCAAUGUCAACAACAAUGAUGGAAGUAGUAGUCCUAUCAGCCCAAAAAGAAGCAUAAUGAGAAGCCCGCUGAGGACAACCAGCAACCAAAGCCGUAGCAGCAGAAGCCCGUUGAGGACAACGAGUAAGCAAAGCAAUGCUACCAGAGGUACCGGUAAAGGGGCCGUGCAAAACCUGCUUUUAGAACGAAGCACACGACAUUUGGGUAGAAUGACAAGUGACAGAAGCCUGAGGGGAUCGAAGUCCGCCAGCUUCACAGACACAAAGGCAUGUCUCCACUUUGCCUUUCGGCAGCUAUUUGACGUUCUUUGCAAUUUUGCACCCACUGUGUUCCUUCUCAAUGAUCUGCAAUGGGCUGAUGCCGCAUCAAUGGAACUCGUGGAAAGCCUGCUUCUUGACCGGGGUCUUAGCGGGAAAGGCUUUGUGUUGGUCGGGAGCUAUCGUUCUGAAGCCGUGUCGCCCACUCAUUUGCUCAUGACAACCGUUCGGGAAGUUCAGUGCGUCUCCGAAAAGAACAACGAUAUGAAUUUGAAGGUGACAAACAUCGUGUUGGGCAACUUAGCCCAACAUCAAGUCAACGAAAUGCUCUGCGACCUUCUGAGCUGCGACGAGGACGAAUGCCACUCUCUAGCAGAAAUCAUCCAUAGAAAGACUGCUGGCAACAUCUUUUUUGUUGUACACUUUCUCAAAACUCUCAGUUCGGAAAACUUGCUUGUCUUCAGUAUAGUCACUUUGAAGUGGACAUGGGACGUGGAAAGAAUCGAGCUCAAUGGAACAGCCACCGACAACGUCAUUGACUUGAUGAAGGAAAAGCUGAAAAGACUGCCAGCCCAAGUUUAUCGCACGAUUCCGUUCGUUGCAUGUCUCGGUGCUUCAUUUCGACGGUCUAUGUUUAACUUGGUUGUCGAUCAUUUCAACAAAACGUUCUCAACCAGGGAGAUUGUCAUGAGGGAUCGUGGGGCUGAAGUGUAUCCUCCUUCUGAUUUCUUCGGUGUGUGUCAAAAGGCAGGCUUCUUGGUGUCCAAUAGCAAGGGAGAUGUUAUUCAUUGGGAACACGACAAAGUGCAGGAGGCGGCCCUCUCCUUGGCCGACGAAGACGAGCUCGUUUCCCUUCGAUCUAGGCUUGGUGAAGUUUUGCUCCACAAAUUAAGCAAUCAGGACCUGGAAAGAAGCAUCUUCGUUGUGAUCAGUAUGCUUGAUAUGAACAGUGCAGAAGGGAACCGGCGAAAGCAGAUCAGAUUUGCCGAACUUAAUCUUCUAGCGGGGACAAAAGCGAUGGCGGCUUCGGCAUCAGCCAGAGCAGCAGCACUCUUGUCCCAGGGAAUCAAAUGUCUACCCGAAAACCACUGGAAAACCGACCCGGAUCUGUCUCUGGAUCUCUACGCAAUGACAGUUGAAGCUCUUUUUUGUACUGGUCAGUUUGAGAAGAUGAACAAGUAUUGUCACGAGGUUUUCCAAUGUAAGGAGAUCCCUUUGGUUUCCAAAGCUAGGGUUUACAAUCCGCAUGUGUUGGCAAUGAUGGCAGAGGGACGUCUUGGUGAUGCCAUGAAGCAGUGCGAGAAGAUUCUUGCCAAGUUAGACUGCAGCUUCCCUCGGUUCUUCAAGGGAUUUCACAUGUACAAGGGGAUUUUUCAAGCACAAAAGUCGGCCAAAAAGAAAAUAAUGCAAAUGUCAAAGGAUUCUGUCAUCGAAGACGACAAGAACAGAUGGAUCAUGUUCAUACUGGACACCUUGGGUCAAGCUGCUCACCAAGGCCACAAUGUCAGCCUUUUCAUGCUGGGAAAUCUAAGGGGGCUUCAAUACACACUCAAGUAUGGCGUUUGUGACUGGGCACCCCCUCUGCUUGCGGUAAUUGGAAAUGUCCUUGUCGCUGGUUUAGGUGAUUUUGACGGGGCUCAGUUCUAUGGGGAGACAGCCAUGACACUCUUCGAGAAAGCUGAUAUCAGCAGAAGUGCCUUUUCAAGGACAAGCUUCAUUGUUUCGUACUUUGUCUUGCCGCACAGGGUUGCCUCCACAGACUGCCGAAAGAUAGCAUUGCAAGGAUAUCAAGCCGGAAUGAAAGCGGGCGAUGUGCAAAACGCUUUGUGGUGUGCUCUGAGCUACUUGGACAUAUCGUUUUACGUCUCUCAAGAUCUGAAAACGCUAGCCGAUGACUGCCAAAUCUACUGCCAGCAAAUGAAAUCUUUGAAACAUGAGAGGAUUGCGAGGUAUCUGGAAUGCUUGUGGCAGCUCGUCUUGAAUGUGAGUGGCAGCGCAGAGGACCCCGCGGUUCUGAAUGGCAACGGCCUCAACUAUGACGAGUACAUGAACUGGGCCAAGGGCUCGGAAAGCACUCAAGCCAUCUCCUACUACGAUCGAUACCAAAUUGCAGCAGCAUUCUGGAGCGGCGACUUUGCUAAAGUGCACGCUCUCAUCUUGAAGACAGAUACGCACAAGGGGUUCUACGAGAAGACGUUUGGAGGGUCUUUUGCGUUGUAUCCCUUGUACUUUCAGUGCGCUCUCUCGCUGCUUUCAUUGUAUCAAACCACAAAGUCGAAGAAGUUCAAGUCCAUGGCCUGCUUCUUCUCAGGCAAACUCAAUUCAUGGGCAAAGAAAGGAAAUCCGAACUUCAAGCAUUACUCUCUGAUGGUCGACGCGGAAGCCCUGGACAUUAGAGGCAAGCGUUCGGAAGCAGAGAAGCUGUUCAAGGAAGCCGUCAUUUUUGCGGGGAGGAGAGGGUUCACAAAUGACCAAGCUUUGGCGAACGAACGGCUCGGUGGCUUCUUUCUUCGUCAGGGUCUCGAUGACGAUGCCAAGUACCACCUCGGCGAAGCCAUCAAGCUCUAUCGACAGUGGGGGGCGCAUGCCAAAUGCGACAUAUUACACAAAGUAUAUGAAAAGUUGCUCCCUCCGAUUCCGCUCGAGAUUGCGACGUCUCACGGGCCUGGUUGAAGCCGAUUAAUCUGUUGUCACGUUUGCUAGCCAGUAAACGCCGUACCAGCCUGGGCCUUGUAACGAAUCGAAUCGAAUCGAAUCGAUUACGGUACUCUCUACCGGUACAGGUACCACCUGUGCCGAAAGCAGAUCGAGCGCAUGUCGGACAGCGCUCCUGGCCCGACGUCUCCGCCAUGCGUUUCGUUCCGUGCUGAAAAGAACUUUCCUUGGCAUGGUAUGGAAUGGCAUGGACUGCAACGGUAAAAGCACCGGUAGCCACCUAUCCAGCCAGAUACCAAUAGCUAACCAGCAGUACAGUACAGUAGCAACUUUGUAUCGCAUUGAGCGCAUCAUGCAUCCGAAUAAACACUGCACG